GCGCUCAGUUGACCAUCGAAUGUACUACGGUACAUAACCAAUAUUCUUUGAGGUUUGCUUAACGUUGAUUUCAUUGUUCUAAAUCAUGUGUGUAAAAGGGUGAACUUAUACGUAGAAAUUCUUUAUUACUGCACUCAUCUUGCCGCAAAAUGCAGAACGAAAAACUUCAAAUAUUAUGCUUCAAGUAAUUUGAUUAUUUAUUUCAAGUCAAAUCGAAGUUGUUUAUUAUUUUCCUGACGAUUCGGACGAAAAUUUGAAAUUAAAGACUGGCUGGUCGCACUGUUUUACUAUACUCUUACAAGUUAAUUUAGUGUAAAAAUAUCAAUAAAAUUGUUAAGUCGGCCAUGAAAUGAUUUUCGUAGAUUCUUUUUUAAUCAUUAUAUUCUUAAAAAGAUUUGCCAUUCUAUCUAUGAAGAAUUUAAAAGUAUUAAGUUAAUCCAACCUACGAUAUUAAAACGCUGCAUUUUAUGAACAUGCAUUGGUCAGUUUACGGCGGUACAUCUGUACAUAGAGGAGAAAGUUAAAGCAAUACAAAUGAUGUCAGGCUACUGUUAAAAGUUGACGUUUAAACCUGGCAGGGCGAUGUGUGGGGUCCUAUGCCAGUUUUAUACGUAAAUAUUUGCCUUGCAAUUUUGGAUUGAGAACGGUUUAAUGGACGAAGGUAUAUGCGAUUAGCUUAUGCUGGAAACUGACAAAUAAUCAUAUCUGUCAAACUUUGACUUUCCACGUGCAGUUUAGGAAAAACGUUAGGGGUUUAUACAUAAAAUGAUAAUCUUCAGGAUGUUUUCAUUCAUUUAUAACUUUAUCAAGAACGUAAUAAGAUGGAAAAAAACUUCCGUUUAACAUUGAAAUGUGUUAUUUGAUGUAGUCAAAGAGUAAUAUAUAUACAAAAAAAAAGGAAAACGUGAUUUGAUUUUCAUAUUCCAAAGAAAAAAAGAGAGAAACAAAAUUAAAUGAAGUAAAUAUGUGUGAAAACAAUGAUGUAUUUAUUUCACAAUUAUGCAGAUUUAUUAAAUGAGGAAAGUGUAACUAAAAGCGGACAAUGAUGAAACGUUCAUAUUUGACGAUUUUGUGGACGUUUUUAGUGAUUGUGAUAUUUGCAAGGGAAAUCCAGUGUAGACGGGGAAGGAGAAAAAGAGACAAGUAUGGACUUAAAUUUUCAGAUUGUGGCGCUGAUCCGGACAGACCACUUCGAUUUGACGACGUGAAGGCACAUCCUAUUCCUAUAAUAACUCCAGGCACGCUUUACCUUUCAUUUAAAGGCAAUAUUAGCAGGGAGCUGCCACGGUCUGUAGCAAUAGAACUGGGUCUUGUCAAAUAUUUUGUUGGUAUUCCAUUUCCAUUACCAUGUUUUGACAACAGACUAGGUUCAUGUUCGUACUAUAAUAUGUGUGAUAAUCUACAAAAGUAUGAAUUACUCGGGUGUCCAAAGACAGUAAAACAAUAUGGUGUGCAAUGCAGUUGUCCAUUCAAAGCGGGGGAAUUUAACGUCCGCAAUCUUCCUUUGAAUAUUCCUAAAGUUCGAGGUUUCGCACGUGCAUUUAUUCGUGUAAGAGGUGAUUACGGGUUAACAUUAAAAGUUCGCGAUGAAGACUCCACAGAGCUUGGCUGUUUAAGACUGGGAUUCUCUGUGAAGAAACGAUAUAAAGGAUGGCUGUUCAAAAUAUGAACAUAUUGUUUAUUGUUAUGAUAGACAUAAUUUGUGUUUACACCGGAGUAAUUACUCAAAGUAUAAACUAUUUCAGGAAUUUUGGUCUUCUUAUACCAUGUUUUACCUAAUUAAAUGAAAAACACCACUGGCAGCAGUCGCUAGUUUGGUGGGCUAAAACAUAGGAAAAUAGUUUUAUCGCUUACUAGUAUACAUAUGCAUAAAAUUGAGGUGCAAUAUUUAAAAAAAGCUAAAUGUAUUGACUUAUGUCCAUAUUACCUGACUUAUUUAAAACAAUCGUGUAAAAAGCACCAAAAGAAGCAAUAAAAACAUUGAUAAUUUUGUUUGUCAAAGGUUAUAUUGAAGUCAAUACAUUUAAAUACUAGAUGAUUUGAAUUUAAACUAUUCGUAUUUCAGUCUUCAUUAGGAAUUAGGUUUGAAACGUUUAAAAGGCUUUUAAUGAUUAUACAAAACGAAUUUGAAAAUGUCGGAUAUCAUUUAUCUGUUGCCUUAUAUUAUUUUGAAAAUAAUUUGGAAUUAUUCUUUACUACUUCUGUAAAAUUCGCAAUAUCUAUUUUCAUUUUGUAAAAAAGAAAUCAAUAGUUAUCCAGUAUCAUUUUUAAUUGCACGAUUAAUCUGGUAAAUAUUUCAGGUCUGCAAUUUAAAGCUAAACAUUGUCAUUAAAACUAGCUGUUGUAGAAUAAUAGUCGUCUCAUGCAUUGCAUCGUCAUCAUUGUUCAAACUGAAUAUUUUAGCAAAUCAUGUCCUUGUAUAUUUUUGUUGUGAAAUAAUAUGUUCAUGCAAUUUCUGCAAUUGUAUAACAGAUGUAUCAUGAGAUCAAAACAGAAACACAUGAAUUUAUUCACAUUUGGAUCCAUGAUAAACAUAGAUUUAUUAAUGAUUAAACGAAUUAAAAAGGGGUUCAUUUCCUCAUUGCCAUGUUUAUGUAUCAGUUGAUCAUUGUUUUCAAGAAUAGUCAAUAAAUAAAUUAUUAUGUU